AUGGAUUACGUUAAGAAAGCAAUCUGGGGGCCAGAUCCCAAGGAGCAGCACCGGAACAUAAAGUCGACAUUAAGAAAGAAUGGACGUAGUAUAGAUAAGUCACUAAGAGAAUUGUCCGUACUUCAAAAUAAGACCCAGCAACUGAUUAAGCGAGCUGCUAAGAAGAAUGACGUCAAGACAGUGAGACUGUAUGCCAAGGAAUUGUAUGCGAUCAAUCGACAGUAUAGUAGAAUGUACACAUCAAAGGCACAGCUGGACUCUGUCGGGAUGAAAAUAGAAGAGGCCGUUAGAAUGCGUACACUAUCAAACCAAAUGGCCGAUAGUACAGGUCUCAUGAGAGAGGUAAACUCUUUGGUGAGAUUGCCUCAAUUACAAGGCACAAUGAUCGAGCUAGAGAAGGAAUUAAUGAAAGCUGGCAUUAUAAGCGAGAUGGUCGAUGAUACGAUGGAAAGCGUCCAGGAUCAAGAUGAAGAGCUGGACGAAGAGAUUGAUGAGCAGGUCAACAAGAUAGUAGAACAAUACACAAACGAGAAAUUCAACAAAGUGGAUCACGUUCCUAUUACAGAGCUACCUACCAUGGACCAACAAGAGGAGGAGACACCUGAAGAUAAGGUCGACGAAGAGGCUGAUAAUAUGCUCAAUGAAAUGAGAGAAAGACUAAAGGCCUUACAAAGUUGA